AUGGCUGGUCCUGCGGCGUCGAUGGACGCCAUCCAUGGGGCCCGUGGGGCUCCCGGCCCAACAGACUGCUGCUGUGGUUCUGCGGUUGUGCAGGCCACGGACACCCGAGUGCUGAGCUCCAAGGCUUCCUAUCUCCAACAGGAGCACUACCCUCUUAAUUACACAGUGUCCCCACCAGGUGCAGCUGAGGAGAAGGCCUCCAAAGCUGCCAGCUUCCCCCAGCUGCCCUUGGACUGCCGAGGGGGCCCCCGAGACGGGCCCUCUAACUUGCCAGGCUCCCCAGGCCCCUGCCUGGCCAGCCUGCGUGUCCCUCUGUCCCCGGGACUCCCUGACUCCAUGGAGUUGGCCAAGAACAAGAGCAAGAAGCGCCGUAACCGCACGACCUUCAGCACGUUCCAGCUGGAGGAGCUGGAGAAAGUCUUCCAGAAAACCCACUACCCUGAUGUGUAUGCCCGGGAGCAGCUGGCUCUGCGCACGGACCUCACCGAGGCCCGGGUACAGGUCUGGUUUCAGAACCGCAGAGCCAAGUGGCGGAAGCGUGAGCGUUAUGGGAAGAUCCAGGAGGGGCGGAACCCCUUCACGUCUGCCUAUGACAUCUCCAUGCUGCCCCGAACCGACAGCCAUCCCCAGCUGCAGAACUCCCUGUGGCCCAGUCCAGGGUCUGGGAGCCCCAGGGGGCCCUGCCUCAUGUCUCCAGAGGGCAUCCCCUCCCCAUGCAUGUCUCCAUACUCCCACUCUCAUGGGAAUGUGGCUGGCUUCAUGGGGGUACCAGCCUCUCCUGGAGCCCACCCUGGCAUCUACUCCAUCCAUGGCUUUUCCCCUGCCCUAGGGGGCCCCAGCUUUGAGCCCUCCCCGGAUGGCGACUAUAAGUCUCCAAGCCUCAUCUCACUCAGGGUGAAGUCCAAGGAGCCACCCAGCCUGCUGAACUGGACCACAUGA